ACAAAUUCCAGUCGGCAGGCAAAAAUGUAUCAAUCCAAGGGUCCAAGUUCUCAAAGUUCUCAGGUUUCCUACGAAGAUGAGAAAAUUACCUUCGAGUUCGGUGGCGCCCCUGGAGUGACGCUUCUCAUGCUCGGAUUCCCCCUUCUCAUGUACUACAUGUUUAUCGGAGCGACACAAUAUGACGGCCACCUUCCCCUGCCACAGGACGACCAGUCGAUUCCGGAGUUUCUCUCUCAUCUAGCCAACCUCGUCUAUACGCAUGCCUAUCCGAAUCGAAAAGCCUGGAUUGUCUACUGGAGUUUCCUCAUACUGGAAGGGGCCGGAUACCUCUACCUUCCCGGCGUAUACGGGAAGGGGAAAUGUCUUCCACACCUGAACGGAAAGCAGCUGGACUAUUACUGCUCCGCUGCUUCGUCGUGGUAUGUGACCAUAGUCGCUGCACUGGUACUGCAUUUUUCCGGACUGUUUCGGCUCAACACACUGGUUGAUGAGUUCGGGCCAUUGAUGUCGGUGGCUAUCUGCUCGGGCUUCCUGGUCUCGGUCAUCGCGUAUGUGUCGGCGCUGGUACGAGGCGCGCAACAUCGGAUGACGGGCUCACAUCUAUACGAUUUUUUUAUGGGCGCGGAGCUGAAUCCUCGUUUGUUUGGGUGGCUGGAUAUGAAGAUGUUCUUUGAGGUCCGGAUUCCAUGGUAUAUCUUGUUUCUGUUGACGCUGGGGACUGCAUUCAAGCAGUGGCAAGAGUAUGGGUAUGUGUCCGGUGAAGUGGGAUUUCUGCUCAUGGCGCACUUUCUGUAUGCGAAUGCCUGCGCAAAGGGAGAAGAAUUGAUCAUCACUAGUUGGGACAUGUACUAUGAGAAAUGGGGAUUCAUGCUCAUUUUUUGGAACCUUGCUGGCGUUCCUAUGAGUUAUUGCCAUUGCACUCUAUACCUGGCAAACCAUGAUCCGUCAACGUAUAAGUGGAACCCCGUGGCAUUGACCGUGCUAUUUGUGAUGUACCUCUUCGCAUAUUGGGUGUGGGAUACUUGUAAUAGCCAGAAGAAUCUCUUCCGAGCACAGGAAAGAGGCAAGGCUGUGGAUCGGAAGACGUUUCCUCAGCUGCCGUGGAAGUCGGUCAAGGAUCCCGUGUCGAUCAAGACAAAGACGGGAGACUCAAUCUUGUGCAAUGGUAUGGCACGCAAGGUUCAUUAUAGCUGCGACUGGUUUUUUGCCUUCUCCUGGGGGUUGAUCACGGGAUUCCAAUCGCCAUUCCCGUGGUUUUAUUCUUGCUUCUUUACAGUUAUGAUCAUCCACCGUGCCCUCCGGGAUAUAGAACGGUGUCGAGAGAGGUAUGGAGAGGCCUGGCGCGAAUAUGAGCGGAGGGUCCCACAUUUGUUUAUUCCGGUGAGUGUGAUGCCUCGGGCUGCCUACUCUUGA